UGGAUAACCUUUACAUCAAUCUAGUAAUAGUUUUACGCUCAGCGAGGUGUUAGUUAUUGAUCCUAAAGGGGUAAGGUACACAAAUAAUUGUGAGUACAUGUUAGUUUUGGUGAAACUCAACGAUAUAAAUAAGGAGUCCUUUUAUGUCGUGGCAAAAUUGAUAGGUUUACCUAAUAAGCUCUUAGACGUACCUAUAAACCAAGAGUAGUUUCUAGACUAUUAGCAAAAGGCUUUUGCUUACCUAAAAGAUUUUAGAAUUGAGUCUAAAUACAUAAUGUGCUUAAUUCUUCAAUGGGUUUUAGGGUCUUGGAAUCCUUUUAUUCACACCUGCCGGAACACAUAACUUGAAUAAAAUGCUUAAUGAACAUUAAGUUAUGCAUACAUGCUAGAAUUUAAGUUUAUUAAGAGAAAUUGUGAAUGAUUAUUUAUUUGUUUAUUCUUUUUCAAUUGUAGUUUUAACUAUGGCAAACAACAAUUCAUUCAACAUUCGAUCAAUUCUCGAAAAGGAGAAGUUGAACGGGAAAAACUUCCUUGACUGGCAAAGGAACUUACAAAUAGUUCUUAUGCAGGAAGAAAAGGAGUAUGUCCUGGAACAGGCGAUGCCCGAAGCCGCGGGCGACGGGGUCACUCAGGCAGUCCUCAAUCGUUGGAUUGAUGCCAACAAGGAUGUGAAAUGUCUUAUGCUUGCAACCAUGAGUGCAGAUCUACAGAAAACGUUCAUCAACUCAGAUGCUUUCACGAUCACCAGUGAGUUAAAGAACAUGUUCCAAGAUCUGGCUCGAGUCGAAAGAUUCGAGACUCAUAGGCAAAUUCUUGAGACCAAGCUUAAGAAAGGCGAGCCCGUUAGUCCACAUGUUCUCAAAAUGAUUGGACUCAUUGAGAAUAUGAGUCGUCUGGAUCAGCAAUUCUCUUAGGAAAUGGCUGUAGACACCAUCCUCCAUUCUCUUCAUAACGGGUAUGAUCAGUUCAAACUGAACUACAUUAUGAAUAGUCUGGAUAAAACGCUCACUGAGCUUCACGGUAUGCUGAAGACCGCUGAAAUGACGCUCAAAAGUGAUAAGCAAGAUGUGCUUAUGGUGCGUGGGGGCAAGUUCAAGAAAUCUGGAAAGAAGAGGAAUUCUAAGAAAGGUGGCAAGAAGGCCAGCCCGGCAAAGCAAACUGGCGCCAAGUCUGAAAAGAGGAAGGUCAGUCAACCCACUUCUGAAUCCGAAUGCUUCUACUGCAAGAAGAAGGGGCAUUGGAAGAGAGAUUGCUUGAAGCUAAAGGAAGAUCAGAGGAACGGAACAGUCGUUCCAUCUUCAUGGACUAAGAAGAAGUAGAAAGUUAAGCAAGGGUGAAGUCGACCUACGAGUGGGAAAUGGAGCACGGAUUGCUGCAUUAGCUGUAGGAACUUACUAUUUGUCGUUGCCCUCCGGGCUAGUUUUGGAACUGGAAGAGUGUUUCCAUGUUCCAAGUCUUACUAAAAACAUCAUUUCAGUUUCUUGCUUAGAUGCUAAGGGAUUUUCCAUUUUAAUAAAAGACAAUAGUUGUUC